AUGAAUUUAUUUAAUUUUUUCCAAUUCGAUCCGACUCCGGAGGAUUUGAGAAAUUUAAAAGAAUGGAUACAAGCAGUACCGUAUCUUCCACACAAUUUGGAGGAUCAAGAAUUUGCAACGUAUUUCAGAGCUUUCAAGGGAAGUUUGGAAAAGACGAAAAUAUUUAUCGAUAAAUUUUAUCAGGGCCGUAUUAAGUAUCCGGAGAUAUUAACGAAUUUUAAUCCACUUUCCGAUGGUGCAAUGAUAGAUCAAAAACUCGCGUACAAGGUUCCGUUACCGCAAAGAGCCAAAGAUGGUAGUUUAAUAAUAGCAACAAAAAUAAGAGACUGCGAAAUUGAUUUUGAUCCAUGCGAAAUAUUCAAAAUGUAUGCACUCAUGUUUAAAAUAUUGGUUUUGGAAAAUCAAAUUAAAAAUGGUAGAGUUGUUUUCAUAGCCGAUUGCAAAAACGUUAAAUUUUCACAUAUAAAAAAAAUGACGCCACAAAUAGUUGCGACCGUUAUGGGUGUCAUAACGACCAUAUUUCCAUACAGGAUUUCAGGAAUGCAUGCAAUUGGACUUCCACAAGCGGCAGAAUGGAUGGUGACUUUAGUGAAAUCUUUAGUAAAACCUAAAUUAGCCGAAAGAGUAAGAGACAUUUUUUAA